AUGGAGCUCUUCUUCUUCGUUCUAAUUUCCCUAUUCUUGAUUGCUUCCAUUUCUCUUGGCAUUAGGUCCUUCGCUUAUAAAACCAAAGAAAAAGUCACUGGCACCGGGCCAACACUCCCUCCAGGAAGUUUUGGUUGGCCAAUAAUGGGUGAAACCCUUCAAUUUUUGGCUGCAAACCGUGAGGGAGCUAUAGAUCAUAAAUUUAUCUCUAAGAGAACAACCAAAUAUUCUUCCAAAAUAUUCAAAACUUCUAUUUUUGGUGAGAAUUUCAUUGUUUUUUCUGGUGCUUCUGCAAAUAGAUUCAUUUUUUCAAACGAUAGCAAGUUCUUCAUACGUUGGUGGCCUCCCUCAUUUCAAAAGCUUUUCCCCUCCAUGGAAUUUGUACCCAUUGAACAUGAUGCUGCCAAGGGCAGGAAGCUUAUGUCCUUGUUCUUCAAAUUCAAUGAGGCUCAAAAAUUAGUGGCAUCAAUUGACUCAAUUUCAAGAAACCAAUUAAAGAAUAAUUGGGAAGGCAAAAAUGAAGUCAAGGUGUAUCCUCUAGUAAAAAUGUACACAUUCACAUUAGCUUGUCAUUUAUUUUUGAGCAUCAAUGACACAGAAAAAGUUUUGAAGCUUUUGUACCACUUCAAUAAUCUAACCGAUGGCAUACUAUCGGUACCUCUAAGCAUCCCCGGUACACCAUUUCAUCGUGCAACCAGAGCGAUGGAAUCUCUUAGGAAAGAGAUUUAUUUGAUUAUUAAGGAGAGGAGGGAAGCCUUAGCAAAGAACUUAGCAUCUCCAACACAGGACGUGCUAUCACAGAUGAUUGCUGUGCCAUUUGAUGAUGGAUUCAUGACGGAAUUGGAGAUUGUAGACAAGAUUUUGGCAAUUCUAUUCGGGGGUGAAGAGACUACCACUGCCACAAUCACUUUUGCUAUGAAAUAUCUAUCAGAGAUGCCUCACCUCUACAAUGAAGUUCUAAAAGAGCAAAGGGAAAUUACGAGGUCAAUGAAGCCAAGAGAAGUACUACGUUUUGAUGACAUACAGAAAAUGAGAUACACUUGGAACUUUGUGAAUGAAGUUAUGAGGCAUAUACCAAUUGUUCAAGGUGCUUUCAGAGAAGUCAAGGUGGAUAUCACUUUCGUAGGUUAUGUCAUUCCCAAAGGGUGGAAGCUAUAUUGGGGUGUGGGUUCUACCCAUCAUAACUCUGAAUACUUCUCAGAGCCAGAAAGGUUUAAUCCCAUAAGAUUCGAAGGAAAUGGACCUUCUCCUUACACACAUGUUCCUUUUGGGGUAGGACCACUAAUGUGCCCCGGACAUGAGUAUGCUAGAUUGACUAUUCUUGUCUUCCUCCAUUACGUGGUGAAAAUGUUUCAAUGGGAACCAAUUCUCCCCAAUGAGAAAAUGAAAUUCAAAGCAGCGCCUAUGCCAGCAGAAGGGUUCCCAGUUUGUCUUUCUCCUCACCAGAUUUAA